GUUGAGGAGGAGGGAGCGAUUGGGAGGUGGGCUUGGCUUGGCGUGCACUCCGCACCUCGGGAACGUUAUUGCGCGUGGAACGUCUGCUUUUGGCAGACUAUUGCCCAGAAGAAAAGAUGUUUGGUUUUCACAAGCCAAAGAUGUACCGAAGUAUAGAGGGCUGCUGUAUUUGCAGAGCUAAAUCCUCCAGUUCUCGAUUCACUGACAGUAAACGCUAUGAAAAGGACUUCCAGAGCUGUUUUGGGUUACAUGAGCCUCGUUCAGGAGACAUCUGUAAUGCCUGUGUCCUGCUUGUGAAAAGAUGGAAGAAAUUGCCAGCAGGAUCAAAAAAAAACUGGAAUCAUGUGGUAGAUGCAAGGGCAGGACCCAGUCUAAAGACUACCCUGAAACCAAAGAAAGUGAAAACUCUAUCUGGAAACAGGAUAAAAAGCAACCAGAUCAGUAAACUGCAGAAGGAAUUUAAACGUCACCAUUCUGAUGCUCACAGUACCACCUCAAGUGCCUCUCCAGCUCAAUCUCCUUGUUAUAGUAACCAGUCAGAUGAUGGCUCAGAUACAGAGAUGGCUUCUGGCUCUAACAGAACGCCAGUGUUUUCCUUUUUAGAUCUCACAUACUGGAAAAGACAGAAAAUAUGCUGUGGCAUUAUCUAUAAAGGCCGUUUUGGGGAAGUCCUCAUCGACACACAUCUAUUCAAGCCUUGCUGCAGCAAUAAGAAAGCAGCUGCUGAGAAGCCGGAGGCUCAGGGGCCAGAGCCUCUGCCCAUCUCCACUCAGGAGUGGUGACUGAGGCUGAUGUAGAAGGGGAACAAAAAAUGAGUUAAAUUUUGGAAAACACCAACAAAAUGACCCUCCUAUUUUUAACUUGGAUACCUGUUAUUCUGCCAAAAGAUGAUUUCUAGAAUAGUUUUGAGUGGGUUGUUUUCCCUCCAGUUCCACAAAGUCUGAGGCCAGUAUCUAGCUUACUAAAAGGAAAAAAAGAAGUGUACAUAAUAUUUAAGAUGCUGAGUAUUUCAUAGGAAAGCUGAAUGCUGCUGUAAAGUGCUCUUUAAGGCUUUUUUAAAAAAUCCCCUUCUAAUGAAUGAAAUUAGGGGAAUUUCAGGGGACAGAGAUGGGAUUUGUUGUAUGAUAAAUGUAUGUAGUUUUAAUCUUUCUAUAUUGAGAAGCAGUGGUUGGGGCAUUUUUUAAGAUGGCUGGCUACACUUGUUUUCCUUCAUUAUAAUAAAUUUGUCAUAACUCAGUAAACACAGACUUGCCCCUAGAGGUAGUUGUUAAUAACUUUGAAAUAUUAAGGUGUUGCCAAGGUUCUGAUGAUUCAAACCUGUACUACUGAAUAUUAAGCGGGACAGACUA